UAUAUGUAUAUAUAUGUGUGGGUGUCCAUUGUCAGAUAACAUUCAACUGAACCAUGAACAACAAGCAAAAUUGAGAACUUUUUGUCAUCCCAGGAGGAGAAACAAAAUGGGUAUUUUGGUGGAUGACGUUGUGAUAAUCAGGCAAUCGGAGAAAGAAGGCGACCCAAGUGUUAUUACCGUCAAUUGUCCAGACAAAACUGGGUUGGGUUGUGAUCUCUGCCGUAUCUUGCUCUUCUUCGGGUUGAACAUUGUCCGAGGAGAUGUAUCCACUGAUGGGAAAUGGUGUUACGUGGUGUUUUGGGUGAUGGGGAAACCAAAUACAAGAUGGAAUCUGCUGAAGAAAAGACUAGUUGGGGUCUGCCCUUCAUGUUCUUCCGCAUCUGGAAUCUCUUAUUACCGUAAUGAGUUGCAGAUUCAAAAGCCUCCCGAUGUGUUCCUCUUGAAGCUUUGCUGCUUCGAUCGUAAAGGGCUUCUAUAUGAUGUCACUGAGGCUCUUUGUGAGCUUGAGCUUAAUGUAAAGAAAGUGAAAGUCUCGACCACUCCAGAUGGGAAAGUGAUGGAUUUGUUCUUCCUCACCGACACCAGAGAGCUGUUGGGAACAAAGAAGAGACAGGAGGAAGCAUACCAAUGCCUGAGAAACGCCAUUGGAGAUUUGAUGAUAAGUUAUAACAUAGAACUCGUCGGUCCGGAAAUCACAGCUCACUCUCAGGCUUCCUCCUCGGUUGCUUCAGCUGUAACCGAGACUGUGUUUCCUUUGGACGAAAACCACAAAGGGUUAUACACUUCGGGCGAUGUAUCUAUCGCGAUAGACAAUUCACUUAGCCCGGCUCACACCCUCUUCCAAAUAUCUUGCCAAGAUCACAAAGGCCUUCUCUAUGAUAUAAUGAGGACCCUCAAGGAUUACAACAUUAAGAUCUCGUACGGGAGAUUUACAUUCAAGAAAAGGAGGAACUGCGAGAUUGAUCUGUUCAUCGUGCAAUCUGAUGGAAGGAAAAUCCUUGACACCAGCAAACAGAACGCGUUAACUUCUCGUCUAAAAGCGGAAUUAGAGCAGCCCCUUAAAGUGGCUAUGAUGAAUCGGGGUCCAGACACUGAACUGCUAGUCGCUAAUCCCGUGGAAUUAUCGGGAAAAGGGCGGCCUCUGGUCUUCCACGACAUCACAGUCGCUCUCAAGAAGCUCAACACCUGCAUCUUCUCGGCUGAGAUCGGAAGACACGUUGUCGGAGACAGAGAAUGGGAAGUUUACCGAGUUCUGAUCGAAGAGGAAGACGGGCCGGGGCUCCCCAGGGGGAAGAUAGAGGAGCAGGUGUGGAAAACAUUGAUGGGCUGGGACUGAAAAAACUGAAAAACCUUUCAGACAAGUAAGUACAUGACAUGAAACAAGAUAGCAAGACAGGUCCUCUCUUACUAACAUAGACAAAUGCAGUUAGUAACAUGAAGAAAAAAAAAAGAGAAGUUUUGUAAGUAAAGAGUGUCCCCAACAUAAUGAGUUCACGUUGUCUUUUUGUUUUUCCUUGCUGGAGAAUUUUUGUACAUGUGAAUUAGAUUAAUCUGUUCUUUCGAUUUGAGUAAUGAUUUGUGUUGCUUUUUCUUUCUCCAAUAAUCAAUGUCCACGUGGGAGAAAAACAAGAAAAUUUCCCGAGAAAGAAAACCAAAAUUUUCCAGCCGAUUCUCUCGUUCCAAGCGAGAGAGAGAAAGAGAGAUCCAAAACCUGGCCACAAAGCUGGUUUCAACUCCUAGAAACAUUGCUGAAGAAGAAGAAGAAGAAGAAAGGAGGAGCAACGCUCGUGAAGGAUGAUGCUCCAUGGCGAGUUGAAUCAUGUGCUGGAUCGUUCAAAUUCCUGUCCGGUAGCCGGUAGGAAAUGAUGGGUUGGCGAUGAAAGCUGUUCUGGAAUCUGCAGGCCCCGAAUGCCUUGCUCCCGGACAGGUUACACCGGUUCUGUUGCUCGGCUUUUGUACGGAAAGAAUUCAAAUUUUAGACAAAUCUUCUGUUGAGAUGAAUACUGGGCUUGACGGACCAAACGGGACACGUGACGGACAAGGAAACAACGUGCAUGAGAACUCGGAAGAAAUCGAAGGACAUGCAUGGACAAAUAUACGCGGACACGACAUGACACUAUGACCAGCCCAAGUCAUGAUAUCAAGAAGGCCUAAUCAUUAUAUUGGAUCCAAAAGCCCAAUCUAAUCAUGGUAGUUAACGAGGCAAAAUAAAAUCAUAUAUUCUCCUUCAUUAUUCCGUGCACGCAUCACGACCGACAUUCCUUCUUUGUUCUCAUUUCAAUUCUUGCUUUUACAGUUGUAUUCUUUCGUGUAUAUAUGUAAGCAAUAUGAUG